AAGAGUGCGCCCACGAACGCAACAUUCAAGGGGCAAAUUUGGGCUCCAUGUAUCGUAUCAAUCAAUUACCUCUUUUGUUCCUCUCCAAUCCGUUCCUUCGCUCGAUCUCCUUCUUCUCAUUAUAAGUCAAAUCUAGUACUUGUGUGCAUAUGAUGGAAUCCGUCGGAGACUUGCCUUCGACUCGGACUACUUCUGCAGUCGGCAACGACGACGACGGAGAAGAGCCAUUGGAGUCCACCAACAAAACUUCUAGUCGUGAAGCUCUAGCAGUCGUAGAGCACUGCUGUCUCACGCCCAAGUCAGGGGAGACCGGCGGCGCUGAUCCAGUAUGCCCACCGGCGCCGAAGAAACUGCCCUGCCGUCUGCAGCCUGCGAAAAGAAGACGCAAAUCCGUACUGCACAAAGCUGAUAACUACUUCCCGGUGCCGGACGAUCUCGCCAUGGUCUUCAUACCCAUCAGGGCCAAGAAAGCUAAGAGAAGCUCGAUCAAUGAAUCUCAUUCAAUUUUCCAUUAAUGCUCCUUCACAUUAAGCGUUGAGUUACAGUAAAAUAGCCAGAUCCUGCAGUAUUGCCAUGGCUGUGAGUGAUUGGGAUAGUAAUUUACUGUUAUGAGAACUUAACUUACUCAUGCAGUGAUCCCUAUCAGUGGAUGGAUGCAUGAGACACCUGGCUAUUCAUAUCAUAAUGCGAUGAUGACCCACCCUGUCCAAUUAUUGUAACAUUUCUCUUUUUUUCCUUUUUGUUCUUUUGGAUCAAAUUAAUUAAUGUUUGUGAAGUGUGACCAUCAAAUUUAUUGCAUGCAUGUCCUGGCUCUGAGCUAAAAAUAGUUACU